AUGCUUUCUCGCUUAGCUCAAUCACCAUCAUAUGAUAUUAUUCAUGAACCUCUCGAAAAAUGGAAAAAUUGCUAUGGAGAAAAUCUUUUAGCACAGUUUUACAAAGAACCAAGUCGAUGGGCUUUUCUUUUCGAAAUAAAUGCUUUAAGAACAUUGGCUGAACUAUAUGUGGAACCACCAAAAGAACUGAUUAAAAUUCACGAACGAUCGAUUCAUUCUACUCGCCAUUGUUUUAUUGAAAAUCUUUUUGAAAAUGGUACUCUAACCAACGUUGAAUAUCAGAUAUUAGAUGAUGAUUUCAAAAGGCUUACCGAUAAUAACUCAUGCAAAGUCGAUCUGAUACUCUACCUACAAACAGAACCGGAAGUCUGUCUUGAACGCAUUCGUGCUCGUAAUCGAUCUGAAGAAGCAAAAAUUGAUCUUGACUAUUUACGCGCUCUUCAUCGACAACAUGAAAAAUGGUUAACACCAAAAAUUUACCAUGACCGUGCAAUCCUCGCACGUGUAAUUACCAUUGAUGCUAAUCAAGAUGAAGAACAAGUAUAUGAAGAUAUCGAUACUCAUAUGAUCGAUUUUAUUUCACAAUGA